CGUCGGGCUUCACUUGUUUUCUACAACCACCACCUUGCCUAAAAGACCAAAAAAUUUCAUAAAAAAGACUUUAGAAAAAAAAGCGGUUACCUUGUUGCCUCCUGUGUAUGUUCCUCUCUUCUUAUCAUCAUCUCCGUUCAUCUUCUUUAUCAAUCUAACAUCUUCAUGUCCGCGCAGUCGCAGAAAAAGUCCUCAAAGCAGUAACGACCCCAAAACCCAGAAAACCAAAUAUGUCCACAUCUUCCGUUCCCGAGGCCGUUCCUAUGGUCCAACCCGAGCCUGCACCUGCUGGCCCAGCUCCCGCUCCAUCGUACAACCCCCAGACUUCGGUCACCUCCUCUCCUUCCGCGUCGCUUUACGUCGGCGAGCUUGACCCUACCGUCACCGAAGCCAUGUUGUUUGAGAUCUUCAAUAUGAUCGGUCCGGUUGCAAGUAUUCGUGUCUGCCGUGACGCCGUUACGCGUCGCUCCCUUGGAUACGCAUACGUCAACUAUCUAAACACCAGCGAUGGUGAGCGUGCUCUCGAGCAACUCAAUUACUCGCUUAUUAAGAACCGUGCAUGCCGUAUCAUGUGGUCCCAGCGUGAUCCUGCUUUGCGCAAGACUGGUCAAGGCAACAUCUUCAUCAAGAACCUUGACGAGGCUAUCGACAACAAAGCUCUCCAUGACACGUUUGCUGCCUUUGGUAACGUGUUGUCGUGUAAGGUUGCCACCGAUGAGCAGGGCCGCUCAAAGGGAUAUGGUUUUGUUCAUUACGAGACUGCCGAAGCUGCCGACUCUGCUAUUAAAGCAGUCAAUGGCAUGUUGUUGAACGACAAGAAGGUCUACGUCGGUCACCACAUCUCUCGCAAGGAACGCCAAUCCAAGCUCGAUGAGAUGAAGGCCCAAUUCACCAAUCUAUACAUUAAGAACCUUGACCUCGAGGUCACGCAAGAGGAGUUCGAGGAGCUCUUCAACCGGUAUGGCGCUGUCACCUCCGCAGUCAUCUCGGUCGACGACGAGGGCAAGAGCAAGGGCUUCGGCUUCGUCAACUAUGAGUCGCACGACGAGGCCCAGAGAGCUGUUGACAACCUCCACGACUUUGAGAUCAACGGCAAGAAGCUCUUCGUCUCCCGUGCCCAGAAAAAGGCUGAGCGUGAGGAGGAGUUGCGCAAGUCCUAUCAACAAGCCAAGAUGGAGAAGCUCAGCAAGUACGCGGGUGUCAACCUUUAUAUCAAGAACUUGGAGGAUGACGUUGAUGAUGAAAAACUCCGCCUCGAGUUCGAACCGUUCGGUACCAUCACUAGCUGCAAGGUCAUGCGUGACGAGAAGAACACCUCGAAGGGCUUCGGAUUCGUAUGCUUUUCAUCGCCCGAUGAGGCUACCAAGGCGGUUGCAGAGAUGAACAACAAGAUGAUUGGCACAAAGCCAUUGUACGUCUCUCUCGCUCAACGCCGCGAGGUUCGCAGGCAGCAACUGGAAAGCCAGAUUGCUCAGCGGAACCAGAUCCGCAUGCAACAGGCUGCGGCUGCUGGAAUGCCAGCGCCCGCGUAUAUGGGCGCCCCCCUUUACUACCCCGGGCCUGGCGGUUUCCCUCCUCAGGGUCGUGGCAUGAUGGGCUAUGGUCAACCUGGUGUCAUGCCCCCACGUCCUCGCUACCCUCCCAGCAACGGCCAAGCCCCUGGUAUCCCCAUGCCUCCUUAUGGGGCACCUCCUCAAUAUGGCAUGCCUGGUUACCCCCGUGGAGGUCCUCGUCCUCCCGUUGCCCGUGGACCUGGAUCGUCCCCCCCUAAUCCUAACGUUCCCCUGCCCCGUGUCAACGGACCUCCGGCCAAUGGUGCUGCUCCUCGCCCUGGACCUCCCCAGGGCGGUGCGCCUCCACCUCGUCCUCUUGCUGGCCCUCCUGUUCCUGGUGCUCGUAACCAACAGCAGUACAAGCUCAAUCCUCAGACCCGCAAUGCUGUUACCGCUCCUGGUCCAGCUGCUCCUCCCCCAGCGAGCGCGGCUCAGUCGGAUGCUGCCGCUAUCCAGUCUGCUGCCCUUGCUAAUGCAUCUCCUAUGGAGCAGAAGCAGAUGCUCGGCGAGGUUAUUUACAUGAACAUCCUUCCUGAACAACCUGAGCUGGCUGGCAAGAUCACUGGCAUGUUGCUCGAGAUGGACAAUGCAGAACUCUUCCACCUCCUUGACUCCCCCGAUGCCAUGGCUGCCAAGGUCAACGAGGCACUCGCUGUUCUCCAUGAUUUCUCAAAGGAUGAGGUAGCUUGAGAAGCAUGAGGUGUAGCUCGGGGCGGUGGGGUGAUCAGUUGUUUCAAGAUGUUUGUUUUCUGGAGCGGAUUCUCGGCUCGUCCUUUCUUUUCGCGUACUUGCUGUGUGGCAUGUUUAUCAUCUGCGACUGCUGCCUCUUCGACAUCGCUUUUUCUCUACGUCAUGGGUAUAGGUGGUGGUCAGUCCUUUGUGUACUUAAAAAGGAACAGAGGUGAUACAAAUGCUG